AUGGAAUUUCCACCAGUAGUGUGGCCUUCAUUUUUUAAAUUCAUAAAAAAUUGGAUGUUUGCAAACUUUAUCAUCAGACCUUAUUUUGAAUCUGAAUUUAGUUUACAUGACUUUGUUGAAGCUUCAAAACAUGCAGUGGAGGUCGUUUCAGAUAGUCUGCAGAGAAGCGAUUUUAAGUCAAUAGAAGGACUUGUAGAUAAAGAUGCUAUUGCUACAUUAAAAGAAGCAGUUUCGAAACUUUCAGUUUCACAAAGACAAAUGUUAUCAAUUAGUAAAGAAGAUAUUUUUUAUGCUUUCCCCUAUCAGGUAGGAGUGAUGUUUGAUGAUUCUGACAAGCGUUGGGUAGAGAUUACAAUGUGCUAUCAUGUUUUAAGGGGUCUGAAACAAAUGCAAGAAACAGGAGAUUUACCUCCUAUCUCAUUGGGAGUGCAGCCAGAAUACCAAGACCAAAUAUUUAUUCUCAACUAUCGCUUUAUAAGAGAGUUUACAAAAGGUGUGGAAGAUAGCUGGUGGGUCAAUAUUGUCAAUCACUUCCAACCUCAAACACUUGUUAAAAAAUCACAU